AAGGGGGUCUUGUGAUGGUUGGGCGGGUCACCGACAGCGCCGCUGUGUUCCCAACGCUCAGCCCAGUGUACUUGAGUUGUUUUGAAUGUGCGAGGCACCGACAGGAGGGGGGCAGAACUUGAACUAAAGAUGGCGGACGUAGAAGAUGAGAUACGGUCUGAACCCUCUUCCCUGCACCCCGCGGCGCCGCGAAACGGAACCGGUGUAGGUUCGGUGAGUGGUACCAGAGGCCAGAACAUAACAAUAAUGACGACUGGCCCGCGAAUGGUACGGAUUGUAAAAUCGGAAUCGGGCUAUGGGUUCAACGUUCGUGGGCAAGUAAGUGAAGGUGGACAACUGCGAAGUAUCAACGGGGAACUGUAUGCUCCACUGCAACAUGUCAGCGCCGUGUUACCUGGAGGAGCUGCAGAUCGAGCUGGCAUAUUGAAGGGCGACAGAAUAUUGGAAGUGAAUAGCGUGAGCGUGGAGGGGGCGACACACAAGCAGGUGGUGGACCUGAUCCGGGCGGGGGAGCGCGAGCUGGUCCUGGCCGUGCUGUCGGUGCCGGCCCACGAGGUGGAGGGGCUGGAGCCCGGCGAGGAGGGCGGCACCCCCCCCAGCUACGACUACAGCGACCGGCAGGCCGUGCCCAUCUCCAUCCCCUCCUACAAACACGUGGAGCAGCACACGGAGAGGUUUGUGGUGUAUAAUGUGUACAUGUCAGGCAGGCAGCUGUGCUCGAAGCGCUACCGCGAGUUUGCCAUCCUGCACCAGAACCUCAAGAGGGAGUUCAGCAACUUCAACUUCCCCAAGCUGCCCGGCAAGUGGCCCUUCUCCCUGUCCGAGCAACAGCUGGACGCACGCAGGAGAGGUCUGGAGGAGUACCUGGAGAGAGUGUGUUCCGUGCGGGUGAUCGGCGAGUGUGAUAUCAUGCAGGAGUUCCUGACUGAAUCAGAUGAGAACUACAACGGCGUGGCAGAUGUGGAGUUACGUAUUGCCCUGCCAGAUAAGACAACCAUCUCCGUUCGGGUGCGCAAGAACAGCACAACUGACCAGGUGUACCAGGCACUGGUGAUGAAGGUGGGCAUGGACAGCAUCAUGGCUAGCUACUUUGCCCUCUUUGAGGUCAUCAACCAUACUUUUGUGCGUAAGCUGGCCCCUAAUGAGUUCCCCCAUAAGCUGUAUGUGCAGAACCUGACGUCAGCCGUGCCGGGCACCUGCCUGGCCCUCCGCAAGUGGCUCUUCAGCGUCCAGGAGGAGGAGCUGCUGCAGGACAACCCACUCGCCCUGCACUACUGCUUUCACCAGGCACAAGACGACGUGAAGAAGGGCUUCAUAAAGGCUGAGGAUAAAUCCUACCAGCUUCAGAAGCUCGCAGAACAGCGCAAGAUGGCUAUGUAUUUGAGUGUGUUGCGGUCGUGUGAGGGCUACAAUGAGGUGGCGUUCCCGCACUGCUCAUGUGACUCGCGGAGGAAGGGUCAUGUGAUUGCAGCCAUCAGCACCCUGCACUUCAAGCUUCACGCCUGCACAGAGGAUGGAACCCUAGAGAACCAGGUGAUUGCGUUUGAGUGGAAUGAGAUGCAGCGCUGGGACACAGAUGAGGAGGGCAUGGCCUUCUGCUUCGAGUACGCCAGAGGGGAGAAGAAGCCACGCUGGGUCAAGAUCUUCACACCUUAUUUUAACUACAUGCACGAGUGCUUUGAGAGGAUCUUCUGUGAGCUCAAGUGGAGGAAAGAGGUUGAAGAGGAGGCGUCAGACCAGGACAAUAAGAACUGCAGUAAUAAUGAGUAUCUGUCUCCCCUGGAGCAACCCCAGGGCUGGAGGCAUGUCGGGGGAGAGAUCGCCACUUCUUAAGGGCUCCACAAGUGAGCAGGAGACCCACACGCUCACACACACACACACACACACACACACACAUACACACACACACAUUUGCACACAGACACACACACACACAUACACACACACACACAAACACAUAACGCCCCCAUCAGCCAUCCCACACCACUCCCCACUCCAGUGUCUCACACAAACACACACCGAAACACACGCAUCCCACUUCACCGCAGGGCUACUACAGCAAGGACCCAGAAGACUAAGUCUAUGUUGUCGAUGGUGGUUGACGAAGAAGACGAGGAGGAGGAGGAGGAUGAAGAUGGUCGUCAAGAAUAGAUGCUCAUGCCAUUCGUAGAUGACACUUGAUGAUACUCUCAACGCAUCACCAGGGGCGGGACUUUGGCUGUUAUUAUGCCACGCCAUUGAUUGAAGAGGAAGAACAGCAGGACUGUGAUUGGUCAGUGUUGCCCAGGUCUGAAUGAGUAUUGGUUAAAAACGGGUGAGGAAUUGUGGACUAUGCUCAGUGUUGCAUUUGACAAAAUGGUAUAAGGGCAGCAACAUGCCAGCUGAUUGACUGUCAGGGGCCAGUGUUAUAGUAUGAUUGGUCAGAACCUAAGUAUUUCACAUGCUGCUAGUUUGAUUGACUGACAGCAGAGAAGGGGCGGGGGGCGGAUUUCAAACGGAUAUCUUAUCCACUAACUCCUGUCUAAGAUGAAACUAGAAGAGUUUUUUUUGUUUUUAUUUUGGAAAGUGCUUAGCAGACAGACACACAUACUUCCUGCCAGUAAUGGUCUCCAAUGGCAACUAAAACUCAAAGCACCGGUCUGGCAACAAAAAGCAGAUUUGGUGAUGGGGAUUGAAGCAAAUAAAUAAAAAGAGGAAAAGUUAUAUUAUUAAAUAAUGUAUCUUAAGAGAAUUUUAUCUCUGAAAACUAACCCCAGUCGAAAGGUCUCCAGUUAAGCAGGCACUCGUCAAACUAUCUAUGACUCCCAGUCAGUAAAGCCUUACAGGAAGAGGUGUUACCCUGCACUUACCAGAUUUGUGUGUGUGGGGGGGGGGGGGGG